AUGUGUGUAGAAUGUUCAGCAACGUGUCAACAAAAUGAGUGUAAUACAGCAAAUGGACUAUGCACAAAAUGUAUUGAUAACUACGUUGUGACUUCGCCAAUUUCAACAAAUUGUGAAAGUUGCAGUGCUUAUGACCAAAAUUGCGUGACUUGUGCAACAGACUCCACAAGAAAGUGUGUUUCCUGCAAACCAAAUUAUUACAUCAAGACGAGUGGCGAUUACAAAUGCCAAAGCUGCUCAUCGACGUGUGGGGGCGCCUGCGAUGGUAGCAAUGGAAUAUGCACAACGUGUUCAAGUGGGAUGGUGCCAACCAAUCCACCUUCAACAGUGUGUAUUUCGUGCCAGGCAUUUGAUGUUAAUUGUGAGAGUUGUGUGACUGGUGAGCGGAAGUGCGCGAAGUGUUCAACACUAAACAUGUAUCCAGACGACACGUCACACACUUGUGUAUCAUGUUCAACGACGUGUGGAGGGAGUUGUGAUGCUACAAAUGGGAUAUGCACAGCAUGUCAAGAUAACUACGUUUUCCAAUCAACCAAAUCACGUGUUUGCGAAUCAUGUUCAACUUUUGAUGCACACUGCGCUAAAUGCUCGUCUGCAUUCGACAGAAAAUGUGUGAUGUGUAACACAGGAUAUUACCCAGAUGAAAUCGGUGUAUGCGUUCAAUGUAGCACAAUAAACACAAAUUGCACGAGUUGCAGUCAAACAGUUAAAAAGUGCCUGGCGUGCAAAGAUCCACAGUAUGUAGCUUUAAGUGGGCUUUGUUCAAAUUGUGAAGUUGGCACUUACAAAAAGACUGACAUGACUUGUGAAAGUUGUUAUUUUGCAACUGAGAACUGCAAUGUGUGUUCCACCCUUACUGUUGCUGUUUCCAAUUGUACCUCUUGUAUGACCAACUAUGUAUUGAAUGGCGGGAAGUGUCAGUCGUGUCCAAGUGGGAAGUAUUACAAUCCAAAUUCAAAGAGCUGCCAAAGUAAUGAUGUGAACUGCCAAAUUCAAGUCGACGAGUCAACUUGUCUUCUAUGCAACAGCAACUACUUUUUGGCGAAUGGAAUUUGCCAACAAACAACACGAUGUCACAGUCCGUCUAACAUCACAAUGUUUUCAUGUGACUGUUAUGAUCAGAUCUCAGUCAACUCCGAUUGUCAAGACAAAAUGGUAAAUUGCAAAUAUCAGAAAGUUGAAAAGAAUAAUUACAUUUGUAUUAAUUGCAACAACAAUUUCACUUUGAAUGGAAAUGAAUGUCAAAGUUCACAACAAAAUAUGGAAAUUAGAAAUGGUAUUACUUACAAUUGUGGAGUUGGUGAUUAUCUCAACAUAUCUAACGAAUGUGUCAAUUGUGGUGUUUCUGUUUCGGUUUGCCAAUUAUCAAGAACUAAAGUUAUGCCAUUAAAGUGUUAUACUGAUUAUGUGUUUGACACAACUUCAAACCAAUGUGUUACAGAUGAAAAUUGCCAAACAGCAAAAUAUGGAUUUUGCACCAAAUGUGCUUCUGAUUUAAAUUACGCAUCACAAGGAAGGUGCUUACAAUGUCAAACAAACAAUUGUGGUCUUUGUGACAGUAAUUGUUGUCUCAAAUGUUUGGAUGGAUUUGUAAGAUACACCGACACUUGGUGUAUAUCAAAGAGUGAAAUAUCAACAUGCAAAACAUUUAGCUCAAGUGGGUGUGUUGUUUGCAAUGAGGGGUAUUACCAGACAGACGCAAAGAAUGUAGAGAACAAGUAUGACUACUGUGUUCCAAUAGAAUCCACAACAGUAACAAAUUGCAAGAGAUAUAAUGCAAAGAACAAUAAAUGUGUUGAGUGUCUUGAUGCCUUCAAACUGAAAAGUGGGAUUUGUGCUGAAUCAUUUGAUGAAGACGACAAACUUAAAACAAGUAGUAAAACUGCAACAGAAACAACUUGUUUAAUUCGAAAUAACAAAGGAUGCCAACACUGCGCUGAUGGUUAUUACAACAUCAACAACGAAUGCCUUCAAUGUGAAAACGACUGUCUAUUUUGUUACAACACGACUUAUUGCACAACGUGUAGAUCGGGAUUUUAUUUGAGUGCUGACAUGUCAUGUAAGUCACUUGGUGCGUUACAAGAGAGUUGUGACAUUGCCCUACCCGGUGGAGGUGGAUGUGCAAUCUGUAACAUUGGGUAUUAUCGAGAGGGCAUCAGCUGUACACCAUGUGACGAGUCGUGUGCACUUUGUGUGAACAGUAAUGAAUGUCUUGCUUGCAAAGACGGCUAUUUCAACAUCCCAAGUGAAGGCAAAUUAUGUCAACCAAAUACAACACUUUCAAAUUGUGAAUUUUCAUCGUCCUCUGGCUGUGAGAGGUGUAUGUCUGGUCAUUACUUAUCGAAUUACAAGUGUUAUAAAUGUUCUUCAAAUUGUAUAUCAUGUGAUACUGAAAGUGUGUGCACUAAAUGUGAUGAGAAAGAAUAUGUUCUCGUUAAUUUGCAAUGUCUUCAUUUCACAAAAGUAGAACAUUGUGUUUCAGCGCAAAAAUCAAAGUGUGUUAAAUGUGAAGGUCGACGAGAACCGACAGAUUCUGGUGACAAUUGCACAGAUUCUGUUAAUUAUGGUGUUGUCAUAGGUAUUCCAAUCACAGUUGUAGUACUAUUGAUAUUAACAGUCACUUUAUUAAUAGUUAUUCUAUUUUAUAUACUUCAGCGAUAUAGUCGCAAACAACAAAUGCAGAAUGUCUGUGUUUUCGAUAUAAAAAGUUCUAAUUUGACGAUGGAAAAAAUGAAUGAAGUUUUGUGUUCCAACAAAAAUGUUUUACGCUUUGAUAUUGAUAGUGAUGAAGUUAUUAAAGUAGACACCGAGACUCGUGACUUGAUAUGUAUUGGAAACACUUCAAAACAUAGUUUGAAGGUUCAAUUUAGUGUAAUUGAAGGGUGUGAUUGUUACCAAAUAGGUACAUUGCCUUCUAUCGUGACACUGAAACAAGGCAAAGCCUGUGAAUUUGAGUUAUUUAUAAAGCCGUUAUGUUCAUGUCAAAUUAAAGAGAAUAUUAUGGUGAUUGCUCUUGACAUUGUAACAGGAACUGUUUUGAGUAACAAAUUACAAAUUGAAGUCGACACUGAACAAUCAACUAAAUUAAAUUACAGAGAACUCGAAGAAACGAAGCAAAUAGGCGAAGGAUCUUUUGGUAUUGUGUACAAAGGAAAUUAUAGAGGAAAUGUUGUUGCUAUUAAAAAAAUGAAACAAAGUGAUAAUAAAGAAGAAACCAUUUCUGAAUUUAGAAAUGAAGUCGACAUGUUAGACAAAUUCCGGAAUGAGUAUAUCGUACACUUUUUUGGAGCCGUUUUAAUACCAAACAAGAUUUGUAUGGUCACCAAAUUUGCACAAUAUGGAAGUUUACAGGAUUUGAUUAAUAAGAAAAAAUCCAUAGAAGUUGAAAUGCAUUUACGAAUAAAAUUCAUUUUAGAUGCUUCAAAGGGAAUUCUUUAUUUACAUGAAAAUGGGAUAUUACACAGAGAUAUCAAACCAGAUAACAUUCUUGUUAUUUCACUUAAUUUAAACGAAAAAGUGAAUGCUAAAUUGACUGAUUUUGGAAGUGCCAGAAAUAUCAAUAUGUUGAUGACUAACAUGACAUUCACCAAAGGUAUUGGUACACCAGUGUAUAUGGCACCAGAAAUACUUAAGAAGGAAAAGUACAAAAAAUCUGCUGAUGUUUUCUCACUUGGUAUUACUAUGUUCGAGUGUUUUGGGUGGUGUCAGGCAUAUCCAAAAACACAAUUCAAAUUUCCAUGGACAAUUGCAGAAUUUGUAAUCGAAGGAAAACGUCUUGAUAAAAAGGAGAGUAUGAGUGAUAACUCUUAUGAAAUUAUUCAAAGAUGUUGGGAACAUGAACAAUCAAAAAGAUUGAAUAUUGAAGAUUUGGUAUCGAAUCUAUCAAAACUAGUGUUAAAAGGUUGA